UGUUGACAACCUUCCGAAAUCCAUCAAAGAAGUAUGACAACCGGGUUCAGUCCGUUCAGCCAACUAGACAACAUUUUGCUGUCCGGGGGUAAACCAGCUGUGAGAUUUUUUUCCCCUCGAUGGUGCUAGGAACCUAUUUGAAAACUAACAGAGCUGGAACAAGGACACACACUUCGUAGUCCAGAUCUCCUUUCUGUCUUGUUUUCCACUGAAGACAAAUGAGUCAUGGAUCAAGCUGUUGUGGACAAUCCUGUUACCCUUGUGAUCAGGGCUCCCAACCAGAAAUAUGAUGACCAGACAAUCAACUGCUACCAGAACUGGACUGUGGAGAAACUCAAAGCUCACCUGUCUGACGUGUACCCGAGUAAACCUCUGAUCACUGUUAUUGAAAGCUCCAAAGACCAGAGGCUGGUGUAUUCUGGAAAGCUCCUGUUGGAUCAUUUUACCUUAAAAGAUGUGCUCAGAAAGCAGGACGAGUACCAUAUGCUCCAUCUGGUGUGCGCCUCACGAACCCCUCCCAGCUCCCCAAAGCCCACCCGCAGCUGCAGUAACAAGCCCCAGGAGAGCACAGCCCGUCCCACGGCCCCUCAGAACUCUAAUGGAGUUGGUCAGGAUAGCCACUCCUCUACAGGAGGGAGCAGUGAUGGACUCAGACACCGAGCUGGAUCCUUCCCUUACCACCAGAUGUAUCCACAAUUUAUGUACAGCUGGAACCAACACUCUGCUCAGUCGACGCCUCCCGCAAAUAUGCCCGCUUAUUACAACCCCAUGACACUCAUGUGGUGGCAGCAGCUGUAUGCCAGGCAGUACUACAUGCAUUAUCAGUUACUUGCCGCCUCCUCUCAGCACCUCAGGCCCGACCAGCCCUCAACCCAGUCUAACCAGUCCCAUCCCCAGAGUCAACGACCCCAAGUGGGUCGUCACGGCAACCCAGAAGUCCAGAUGAAUGCCCAAGGAGGGGAGAUCCUGAACGAGGAAGAGCUCAAUCGGGACUGGCUGGAUUGGGUGUACACAUUUUCACGCGCUGCCAUCUUACUCAGUAUAGUCUACUUCUACUCGUCCUUCAGCCGCUUUGUCAUGGUGAUGAUGGCCAUGCUGGUGCUUUACCUGCAUCAGGCCGGCUGGUUUCCGUUUAACCUGGAGAACGAACUUCAGCUUCCCGGAGACGGAGGCAAUCAGGAUGAUGCCGAGGGGGAGCCACAAAACCAAGACUUACAAGAAAUGGAAGGAGUGUUGGAUGAUGGUUCUGAUGAUGAGGAUGGGGAAAGCGGAGAGGAAGGAGCGGAAGAUCCUAACAGUGCCCCCCACACAGGCUUCUUGUCCUCCACGUGGUCAUUCAUCAUAACCUUUUUCAUGUCACUCAUCCCAGAGGGGCCACCAAACGGCGCUAACUGAACCACAAGCACUAUGUGCUGCCACAGUUCCCCACCGAAGCAUUUUCUUUAAGAGGAGGGUGAAUAUCUCUCCAGGUUAGGGAAACUCUUUCUUUUACAAUGCAGUGUUACAGUUUCCCAAUAGUCUACGUGAAACUUUGAGCAGAACCACAGCAGGCCGAUUUAAAAAAGGAAAAAAAGGCAAUUUUACGUGAAGUUGUUUUCUUUGUCUGCACAAAGACAAAUAUUUUAAACUAACCAACGAGAAGUUUGUUCACUGUGUAUGAAUUGAUUGCUAUCGACAGCAUGUAAACAUAGGGACGACAAUUAACUGCUGCGUUUUUGGCACCUAAAUCUUUAUUUUUUCUUUGUAAGAAGCCAUUGUUGAAAUAGUUGUUUUGCUCGAAUUGUAAUGAAUUAUUUGUAAUUGUCGUUAUAUUACAAUAAGACAUUUUAAAAGAGCCACGUUAGUGUUAAAGCUGAAUUUCAGUGAUUAAUAGUGAAUCAUGUAGCGCCUGUAAUACAUGAGUUAUUUUGGCCCAAGACUUUAUGAAACACAUUUGUACUGUGUUUAAGUGAAACCCAGUGAUGCUGGCUAGUAACGUGUGAUUUUCUUGUUUGUUUGUUUUUUAAGGAGAAAUGAUGUACAACCGAUGCUUUCAGACAGUCUCAGAUUACUGAAUGACAGAAGAAAUUAUUAUUUUGACUGAAGUUCUGGCUGUUGAGAAGACAAUAAAAAAAUCUCACUGUUUAUUGA